CCUAUCAUCUUCCUUCAUCAUCUCUCCCCCAAUAUCUCUGUCUCCAUCUUCAGUCUAUUUCCCUUCUCCAUGCCUGUCUCUCUUGUCACUGUGUCCCCUCCCCCGGCUUUUCCUCAACACCCUUUUGUGCCCCUCUCUAUCCUCAACACCCCUUUGCAAAGCUGACUGGGUUGACUUGCCCCAACCCUUUCCCCUGCCUGCUAAUGAGCAGAGGAGCCUUUGAGGUAGCCAAGGCUGGGGCAGGGGUGGGUCCCUGAGGGUGGCAGAGGGGGGCAGCUGCUGUUGAGGCCCUAAUGAGGCCCCCUCUGCUCCCCUCCCGCCGAGAUCUUAAUUCUCAGUUCUCCCUGGAGUCGCUGCUAAUUGGCCUGGGGAGCUACCCCCUCCCCUUGGCUCAAGCUCUAUCCCCAGGGGGUGAGGGCACCUGGAUCAGUAGAUUCUGAUCAAGCACCUGUGGCCCUGUCCUUCUGGCCCUGCCUCCUCCACCUGCCUCUCAGUCUCCCAUCUGUGUCUCCCUCCUUCCUUUCCUGGCCCCUCUGCUCUUCCUUCAGCGGCCUCUUGGUGGGUAUCCCCAUCCGGAUACCCCUCCAUCUUCCUGUUCUCCUCUUGAGUCGUCACCCUUUCCUCUGUCUCUGGGACCCCAUUUGCUCGUAAUCCCAACCACUUCUCCUGUUACUGGGUCGCACCACUACUUCUCACUACUCCCCGGGGGAUCCAGACGUGUUCCAGGCCCCAGGCCCCAGGCCCCGCUCCUGCCAGGCAUUUAACCCUUUUUCUGCGGCAGCCAUGUCCAACAACAUGGCUAAAAUCGCUGAAGCUCGCAAGACCGUGGAGCAGCUGAAGCUGGAAGUGAACAUCGAUCGCAUGAAGGUGUCGCAGGCGGCGGCCGAGCUUCUGGCUUUCUGCGAGACGCACGCUAAGGAUGAUCCACUGGUGACUCCUGUUCCCGCCGCCGAGAAUCCCUUUCGUGACAAGCGACUCUUUUGCAUCCUUCUCUGAGCUCUCAAGACAGCUUUAUCCUCCCCUGCCGAAGUAUGAAUCUAAUAAACUUGAUGACUUGG